GCGCCGUCAUCACAGACGUCAGCUUUAGCGACAAAUAUGGCGCUCGGUUAGACAACAAUGAGUGGGUUUCAUCUUAAAACGAACAAAAUAAUGGUUUUACAGUGAAGUCCAGUUACUUUCACUACUGUAGUGCACAUCUACACGGUUUUAUCGAAUAGACGUCCUUGAAACCCAGAUGUACGAAUGGCUGGCGUCCUGGAAACAGAGGAGCAAGCGAGGAACCGCUUCCAGUCGGAGUUGGAGUUUGUUCAGUGCCUGGCCAACCCGAAUUAUCUGAACUUUCUUGCUCAAAGAGGCUACCUGAGAGAAAAACCUUUCGUGAAUUACCUGAAGUAUUUACUUUACUGGAAAGAACCAGAAUAUGCUAAAUUCCUGAAGUAUCCUCAUUGCCUGCACAUGUUGGAGCUGCUGCAGUACGAGCACUUCCGGAAGGAACUGGUGAACGCUCAGUGUGCGAAGUUCAUCGACGAGCAGCAGAUCCUGCACUGGCAGCACUACUCACGCAAACGCACGCGCCUUCAGCAAGCUCUUGCCGAGCAACAGCAGCAACAACAGCAACAAGCACCUCCUCAUGGCAAUCCUGCCUCCAAAUGAAGCCUGCUAGAGGCGUGAAGGUAGUCUGUGCCCCACGUCUCUUAUUCAAGGCAUUUGUAUAAAUAAUGUACAUAUCUAGUGCAUUUUUUCUAUGUGGUGAUGUUGAAAGUAAAAAUUUGGAUUUCCUGCUGUCAGACUUACAUACAGCAUGCCCAUUAAAUCCAGUCCUGAAUCCUCACUGAGGAAAAGUGUGCUUAGUGAGGUUGUGAGAGGAAAAAUUGAAGAACAGAUGGUUUAUUGUUUUUUUCAACGGGUGUUAGACCUAAAAGCAGCAGCCAGUCUGGCAAAACUGUGACACUGUAACACCUAAGCUUUUUUAAAUAUUCACUUUGUCUGCUUAAAAGGCCCAUAUCCAAAUUUGCUUUUCCUUUAUUUUUUUCCUUUCGUUCCACUUAUGACCUCAGCCAGCCACCUCAUUAAGUACAUCUAUGUUUUAAAUAUUAGGUUUUUCUAUACUGCAUUACAGGUUAUUAGGUAUACAUAUUUGAUACAAGCAUGUCAGAGGUGCAUCCUGCCUUCCGCCCAAUGACAGCUGGGAUAGGCUCCAGCACCCCACCGCGACCCAGAAGGAUAAGCGGUUUAGAUGAUGGAUGGAUGGAUGGAUGUCAGAGGUGCUGAUUGAGAAUGUGUGCUUUUUUUCUUCAUGUUUAAUUGAAAAAUGGUGCUCUACACUCUUGAUGAUGGUUCUUCAAGGGUUCUUGAGUAAAGAAAAUGAAAGAACCAUGAACACUAAAAGAACCCUUUGCAUGAUUAAAAGGUUCUUUAACCCUUUUCAAAAAGAUUCUACAUCGAACCAUCUACAACACGUUCUCCAUCAAUGUGAAAAACCCUCUGACGGUGCAAAGAACCCUUUAAUCAUGCAAAGUGUUCUUUGAGUGUUCAUGGUUCUAUAUAGAACCAUUUUCUGUACUAAAGAACCCUUGAAGAACCGUCAUUUUUAAGUGUGUGUAGUGACUGAGUACUAAUGUGUUGGUUGGAUUGUCAGGUGCCUCUGCUGUUCUUAUGUACUAUAAAGACUUUUGUAAGAGUU